GAUCGUGGCAAACUACUCCACAAAAUAGAGAUUCACUAUGAAGUAGCUCACAAAUAGGAAAACAAGAUGGCAACGGCUAUGGCAAUGAAUCGGAUUCAGCAUCUCUCUGGUUCCAAUAAUUUGGUCCCUGACUGGCUGAGCAAAGAAGUCAGCACUGGGACCACGAUCAUGGCGGUGGAGUUCGAUGGAGGCGUUGUGAUCGGCGCAGAUUCCCGGACAACCACUGGUGCCUACAUCGCCAACAGAGUAACCGAUAAACUGACCCCAAUCCACGACCGCAUCUUCUGCUGCCGCUCUGGUUCAGCUGCUGACACACAGGCCAUCGCAGAUGUUGUCACCUACCAGCUGGGCUUCCACAGUAUUGAAUUGGAUGAGCCCCCACUGGUGCAGACAGCUGCCAAUCUGUUCAAGGAGAUGUGCUACCGGUACCGGGAAGAGCUGAUGGCCGGGAUCAUCGUGGCAGGCUGGGAUAAGAGGAGAGGUGGACAGGUUUACACAGUGCCUGUGGGAGGGAUGCUGGUGAGGCAGCCAGUGUCUGUGGGUGGUUCUGGCAGCACCUAUGUCUAUGGAUACGUGGACUCAAACUACAAGACUGGCAUGAACAAGGAGGAGUGCCUGCGCUUUACUGCAGGAGCCCUUUCUCUGGCCAUGGAGAGAGACGGCUCCAGCGGGGGGGUGGUGCGCCUGGCCUCCAUCUCUGAGGAGGGGGUGGAAAGACGGGUCAUUCUGGGGAACGAACUGCCCAAAUUCUCCACCGCUUAGCUGCAAAAGUAAAGAAGUUCCACAGAAUUGCUCUGCCUAAUGUGCUGUGCUUUCAUUUUCCUGUGUAAACAUACUGAAAGACCAUUUAAUUGUUUUGUAAUGCUCUUUGAUGAAAAAGAAGCAGAACAGUUUUUUUUUCAAUAAAAUCAUUUAAUGCAAAGGUA